GAGGCGACUGGAACACUAGUUGUGGUCGACGGGACAUUCUGUAUCAGUUACUACAAACAUACAUCUGGAAGCCUGUUGCAAACACAAAAUUGAGAGAAGACUGCUCUCUGCCAAGAGGAACAUUUUUGCUUGAGUUGGAGGAAUAAGAACUGUUUGCUAAUAUUGUAGACUGAGUGUGCACCACCAUGGGAAAGAAGCCAAGGAAAGCCGAUCAUCGGUCUAAAGAAGAGCUGCAGCUGCAGGCGAUUGGCGACAUAAUUGGUGAGCUGAUCGACGCACACCGGCAAAAGAAGGAUGUAAAUCUCAGCCGGAUGAAGACGAGGAUCUCGUCCCACUACGGCUUGGACUCGUCGCCUCGCCUGGUGGACAUCAUCGCGGCCGUGCCCCAGCAGUAUCGCACCGUCCUAGUGCCCAAGCUCAAGGCAAAGCCCAUCCGAACGGCCAGUGGGAUUGCGGUGGUGGCGGUGAUGUGCAAGCCGCACCGCUGCCCGCACAUCAGCAUGACGGGCAACAUCUGCGCGUACUGUCCGGGCGGGCCCGACUCCGACUUCGAGUACUCCACGCAGUCGUACACGGGGUACGAGCCGACCAGCAUGCGCGCCAUCCGGGCCAGGUACAACCCGUACCUGCAGACCCGGCACCGGGUGGAGCAGCUGAAGCAGCUGGGUCACAGCGUGGACAAGGUCGAGUUCAUCGUGAUGGGCGGCACGUUCAUGGCUCUGCCGGAGGACUAUCGCGACUUUUUCAUCCGAAAUCUGCACGACGCCUUAUCAGGACAUACGAGCGGCUCCGUCCAGGAGGCGGUGCAGUACUCCGAGCGCAGUCGCACUAAGUGCAUCGGCAUCACGAUCGAGACGCGGCCCGACUACUGCCUGCGCCGCCACCUCAGCGACAUGCUGCUGUACGGCUGCACGCGGCUGGAGAUUGGCGUCCAGUCGGUGUACGAGGACGUGGCGCGCGACACCAACCGCGGCCACACGGUGCGCGCCGUCUGCGAGAGCUUCCAGAUGAGCAAGGACGCCGGCUUCAAGGUGGUGGCGCACAUGAUGCCCGACCUGCCCAACGUCGACCUCGAGCGCGACAUACAGCAGUUCGUGGAGUUCUUCGAGAACCCGCAGUUCCGCGCCGACGGUCUCAAGAUCUACCCGACGCUGGUGAUCCGCGGCACGGGCCUGUACGAGCUGUGGAAGACGGGCCGCUACCGCAGCUACCCGCCCAGCGCGCUGGUGGACCUGGUGGCGCGCGUGCUGGCCCUGGUGCCGCCCUGGACCCGCGUCUACCGUGUCCAGAGGGACAUACCCAUGCCGCUGGUCUCGUCGGGCGUCGAGCACGGUAACCUGCGUGAGCUGGCGCUGGCGCGCAUGCGCGACCUGGGCACCACGUGCCGCGACGUACGCACCCGCGAGGUCGGCAUCCAGGAGAUCCAUCAUAAGGUCCGGCCCUACCAGGUGGAGCUGAUCCGCCGUGAUUACGCGGCCAACGGCGGCUGGGAGACAUUCCUCUCGUACGAGGACCCCGACCAGGACAUCCUGGUGGGCCUGCUCAGGCUCCGCAAGUGCUCGGCCGAGACGUUCCGGCCGGAGAUGAAGACAGCCACGUCGGUGGUGCGCGAGCUGCACGUGUACGGCUCGGUGGUGCCCGUCUCCAGCCGCGACCCGACCAAGUUCCAGCACCAGGGCUUCGGCACGCUGCUGAUGGAGGAGGCGGAGCGGAUCGCGCGCGACGAGCACGGCGCGGCCAAGAUCUGCGUCAUCUCCGGGGUCGGCACGCGCAACUACUACCGCAAGCUCGGCUACGAGCUGGAUGGGCCGUACAUGUCCAAGUCGCUGAGCUGAGACGCCUCCGGCUGCCGGCGCGCCGUGCCGCCCCGCUCACGCACGCAGGCCGGCGGCGCGCGUCCUGCCGCGGUGGGCCGCUGGAGUUCGCCCCGCCGUGGAACUUCCGCAGAGCGGCGGAGGCGCAGGGUGAUCAGUGCAACGUCUGUGAUUGAGCUGCCCUGAUCGAUUGCCACCGCUCGCCUCUGUGCGCAGCACAUGAUGUGGUUGGGUGGAAGGCGCGUGUUUUCGAACUGCGCGUCUGUUUGACGCGGGGUACGCUGUGAGCAUCGGUGGACAUGUCGCUGUGGCACGGGCCCCGAAUAUCGAUGUGCGGUGUUUGUUACCUAUGUAUGAAAUGCAAACUUGACGGCGCUUCGUUGAUAGAUUGGUGCGGACUGAUGGUUUACUGGAAGCUGGCCGUAUGCAUGUUAUUUAAUUGCACCUGGCGUGUAGUGACAUGCGAUGCCAUUAAUUGUAAAGUGACAGCUCAUACUGACUUUCCCGACAGAUUACGUGGAGCCAGUUGCGUGCGCAAUGGAGUGAGGUGUUUGCUAUGUGCAAAACAAACAUUGCCCCGCCUGCCCAAUAGGUGCCCGCAGUCUGGGCCCCAUAUCCCCAGCGGCGGUCAUGGCCGUGCUGUUACUCUCGCAUGUUCCUCGCCUUUCCAGUGGUGCGAAAACAUACUUUGCGCCUCCUUUGUGUCAGGCGAUAGCCCCAAGUUGGCGAUUGUUAUCUUCUGCAUCUGCGCACUAGUGCAAAUAGAGUCGACCCCGGAGCGACGUUCGCAUCAAACUUGGCCGUGGCAUGAAAUGACAGUCGCUAGACGGGCGCGCUAAGACUGGAUAUGUGUCAGGAUCUGGUGCUGACUUGCGACAAUAAACCCGUCCUCCGGCG